AUAAACAGUUGAGAGAGAGAGAGCAAUUCAAACCAAAGCCAAGGGCUUCCCUGUUAAAUUUUGUUAUAUUUACCAGAAACCAACUUUCCUUGUUUGUUCUUCCUCAAUUUCCGCUUCUUCCUUCUCUCUUUGACCAUUUCUCUUCCACUAAUUUUCCGCUUUCCUUCUUUUAUCUCUUCUCCGCUUCCUUUCUUUUUUGUUCUUCUUCCCUUUUCGUUAAUGGACACCACUUGGAGGAGACAGAAACCAGAUUUUCAUCAUCAAGAACCCCAACGAUCACACCCCAGAAAGCCGCCUCAAGCUAGUUGGCAACCUACUGUGCCUUCAUGGGAGAAAAAGUUCUGUGCUUCAAUUGGUUCUGUUCCAUGGAGAAAGCUUUUGGAAACCAAGAGGUUUAUGUAUCUCUAUGAUAAUGUGGUUCACUGGAAUGACUCUGCUGGUGAAGAGGCAUUUUAUAAUGCGAAAAACCGAUUUUGGGCACAGAUUAAUGGCCUUCCCUGCAAUAUAUCAUUGCCUGAUCCUGAUAUCUAUAUCGAUGAAAUCGAUUGGAAUUCCAACAUUGACCCUGAACUGCUUUUGGACUUGGAACGGGAAUUCAAGGUUUCGGAGGAGGUAAAUAAAGAUGAGAAGGUUGUGAUUCUUAAUAGUACACUCCUCUUUAAUCAGUCUUUUUCAUGCACUGGGUGGGGUGAUGCUGAAGAGAAUUUUCAGAAGGAUACUGAUUUGUUUUUGCCUGCUGGUAAUGAGGAAAAUCCUUGGGAAAAUAAAUGUGCUCCUUGCAAUGGAGCAAAGAAAGAUGAUGGAUGGGGAACUUACUGGAAUGAGUCAUGGGGAUGGAACCAGCAGGAUAAUAAUUGUAACGAGUGGAACAAUAGUUAUAAUGAACCAAUAAAUGUAAAUGAUGGAAGAAAUGGUGGGGAUUGGGGAGCAACAUAUAGCAGGAAGAGAGAAGGUGCAGGUUGGUACAUGUCAAGGUAUAAAACCUCAAGGUUUCAUGGUGAUGACUACCACAUGGAUCGCGGAUGGAGGAAUAAAAGAGAAUGGAAGAGAUCAAAUAUUUCUUGUGAAAGACCAUUUAUGGAUGAGAAACAUUCUUCAAGACAGUGGAACUCAAUGAAUUCUUGUGGACCUGUUAGUCAAGCUGCUAGAUUUGGCAAAGCAGGACUGUCAUGGGGUUGGGAGAAACAAGUUUGGUAAGCAUAUAUACAAGUAUAUAAUACAGUAGUAACCAGUAUCUUUUUCGGCAUUAGGUUUAUUUGUUGAUGUGUAUUGAAGUAGAUAUUAUAAUAGGAUGAUACCAAGUACAUAGGCGAAGUUCUUAUGCUGAGUUUUUGUUGUUCCUCAUCCAAGAUUUUGACUAUGGCUUUGAAGAGUGAAUUGUUUUGGUGUAAUACGCUCAUCUGAAAAGAUGUUCAUUCAUCUA